AUGGAUACGUCAAGCAAAGAAGACCGGACCGUGGCUCCUUCAAGGACCUACCCGGAAGGAGGUAUCAGGGCAUGGCUGGUAGUUUUCGGGGCGUGGUGUGCUAUGAUCCCAUCUAUGGGCCUGUUGAAUAGUCUGGGAAUCCUGCAUGCCUGGACGAGCACUCAUCAGCUUCAGGGCUACUCCGAAUCAAGCAUUGGUUGGAUAUAUGGUGCUUAUGGAUUCUUUCUUUACUUUGCCGGAGCACAAGCUGGGCCGAUAUUUGAUGCGUAUGGACCAGCAUAUGUCAUUAUUCCUGGGUCAAUUGGGAUGGUGGCUGCGCUGAUAUGCUUUAGUUGUAGUGAAGAAUAUUACCAGAUUUUCUUAUCCUUUAGCGUCCUCGGAGGAAUCUCAGCCUGCACACUGUUCACACCGGCAGUUUCAUGCGUCGGGCACUGGUUCAACGUUCGCCGCGGCUAUGCAACAGGCAUCGCCUGCACAGCCGGCGGACUGGGCGGCGUGAUAUUCCCCCUGAUAAUACUGUUCGCAGCCCCCAAAAUCGGAUUCCCAUGGGCCAUCCGCAUCAUCGCCCUGCUAUGCGCCGUCCUCUGCACACUAGCCUGUCUCCUCAUGAAAACACGCCUCCCGCGCAACAAAACAGCAGGAGGCUCCAUCGAUUUCAAAGCCCUCAAAGACAUCAAAUACGCCACCACAACCGCCGCCGUCUUCCUGGUCGAGUUCGCCGUCUUCAUCCCAAUCACCUACAUCGCCUCAUACGCAGUCCACGUCGGAGUAGACAACACCAUGUCCUACGCGCAAAUCAUCUUCCUCAACCUCGGCGCCAUACCAGGCCGCUUCCUCCCCGGCCUCAUCGCCGACCGACUAGGCCGCUUCAACGUCAUGGUUCUCACAUCGCUCCUAUGCGCAGUACUCACCCUCGCCCUCUGGCUGACGGCAGGAGACAACCUAGCCGCGAUCAUCUGCUACGCAGUGCUUUUCGGCUUCUGGAGCGGAGCGGCCAUCAGUCUCACGCCCGUGUGCAUCUCACAGGUCUGCGCGACAGAAGACUACGGGAAGAGGAACGGAACGACCUUCACGAUCGUUAGUGUGGGCACGCUCACUGGGAUUCCGAUUGCGGGCGCCAUACAGCAGCACAAUGGAGGGGAUUACUGGGGGCUUAUCGUGUUCGGGGGCGUGCUUUAUCUGGCGGCUACUGUUGCUUUUGCUGUUGCGAGGGGUGUUUGUGCGGGCGCCCCCAGAAACGGGCUCUCCAUUUUAAGAAAAUAA